GGCAGCAUUGAACCAUUUCGUUCAGAUGGUUCAGACCAAUGACAAAACUAAAAAAAAUUAAUUACAACACAAACACACAGUAUCAAAACAUCGAAUAAAAAUUUUUGCCCAAUUUGAGUGUAAAACAUUGUAAUUUAUGCCUCAUUACUGCGUAAUUCGCGUCUACUUGCAUGUUCUAUGAAUAAGUGCAGCCAUUUGCAUUGAAAUAAAUCGCAAUGAAGCCAAUCGUAAUUUCAUUGUUGGAUUCAGACGACGAAGAAGACACCGAGGUAACUAAAUCAUCCGCCCCACCACCGAAAGUAAACAAAACCGUUGAAUUGACGAGGGCCGUUAAACGUCCAGCUGAAAACGACAGUAAUGUCUCCGUAAAACGAAUUAAACCCACACUUGUUUCGUCAAAUAUAUCUAAAGAACCAAAGAAUAAUGAAGACAUUGAUGAGGAUGGCUUCACGGAACACGGCCAUAACAACAAUGUCAAUGCGAAUAAGAAUGAUGAUGAACCAUCGAGCACAACAAUCGAGAAUCCCAUAACCGAGUCUUUCGCUAAACUCAUCAAUGUCUGCCGUCAAGCCGAUUCCAGCCGUGACAUGGAACAAUUAAUCAACAAGAAAUUGCUUCGUUACUAUCAUAUGGUGCAUCCCGACUUUAUCAAUUCGAAAAGUUUCGGUAAAGUGGUCACUGCAACCACUGUGGAUAUUCAAUCGGAUCCGAAAUUUGUAUACGCAAAACUUUCAAAUGUUCUGGAAGAGUUGAAUAUCCGGCGGAAGAGCGGUCAAACAGUGAUUACGAAUGAAGGUGUUGGUAGUACGGGCGAUGCACGGCGCGAUAAUCAAAUAAAACGGCUGAACAAAGCGCUGUAUGUGCUAAAGAAAAAAAUCGCCAAACUCGAGGCGUCCGAAGUGGAUUUGACUGAUGAGUCGAAUUCGCUGUACAUAUUGACCGAAAAGUACAAAAAACGAGCGUGCGAAAUUUAUGAGAAAAUCUGCGACAUAACAGGCGAAAGCAAACAUGCUCAUCGCCAAGUUAAGAAACCGAUCACAUUCAAUGGCACCAAAUAUCCACAGUUUAACAAAACAAUGCAAGCUUUCGUCAAUAAAACGGGCUCAUUUCCGGACUUGUUCGAUGUGCGCCGAAUUCUGGAUCAUUGCAAUGAACAGCACAGCCUGAAAUUGGGACGAGAGGAGAUCAAAGCAAUUUCUCAAGAUGCCUUCAUUCGAAUCGGCAAACUGUUGCAGAAGCGGCGAAAAACGGAUCUAUACGAAACUGUUUCAUUUUUCUCCGAAGGCUCUGCAAAAGAUCCUGCUGGCGAAGAUGCCGACUUGAAGGCGAAAUUGGAUGACAAUCGAAAGCACCAUAACCGAAUAAAUGAACUAAUCAAUAAGUAUGCCGAGUUCCAAGAUAAAGCGUCCGAUAUUUCAAUACCACUAAAUUCGUCCAAUGUUAAUCCCAGCGAAUCAAACAAUAAAGAAAAUCAGGUCGAAAAUAAUGCAGAAGUGAUUGGACUGGAUGAUGACGAUGAUGACAGUGUUGUCGAAGAUGAACUGGACGCUGAAGAAGCCGAACAAACCGGAAUCGAGCCACAAAUUGAUAUCGUCAUAUCGGAUGACGAGGAAUUAAGUUAGUUAAGUAAACUUUUUGUUUUAGGAAUUCUUUUUCCGUUUUUUGAAAACGACAAAUGAAUUUACCGUCUUUCCUUUUUCUGUUUUUGCCGUUUAAGUUCUGUGUUUUGUUUAUCGUCAAUUGAGUGCUACAUUUAUUUUCCAAUCAUUCGCUGGUUUCGAAUGGUUCGACAAUUGGUGAAAAUUAGCACAUUUCUCCACAAUAAUUGAAAACAUUUUUUUCUUCUUCUUUAUUAGUUGCGCUACACGUGUAAUUGUAUUGCGUUUCCCAAAUAAUAUCUGUACAUUUGUUGUAAAUUUUCGAAAUUAAAAUGUACAUAACAACACUGA